UUCAACUCCUGGGUUUGUUUCUUUUUUCUCCACGCCGCGGAGACGCAAACACUGACUGCCCUCUGACUCGUUACUCUGCUGGAGCUUUUUAUUUUUUAUUUCUCCGGGUGACAUUCUCCUCUCCGGUUCCUUUUGUAUCCCUUUGGACUUUCCACACUGAUUAAAUCACACCGGACCUCUGGACGCCGCGGUGCCCACACGCCAUGGCACGCUUGUUACUGCCGUGUCUCCUGUUACUUGUUUUGGCGCAGACGGCUCUUUCCGACGGAGUCUUCGAGCUCAAGAUCGAUUCCUUCACCAGCUCCCGCGGCAUCUGUCCCUCCCAGUCCGAGGACUGUCUGAUUUUUUUCCGCGUGUGCCUCAAGCACUCGCAGCUCACUAUUAACCCGGAGCCGCCGUGCACGUACGGAACCGCGCUCACAGAAGUCUUCGGCGCCGACUCCAACUCCAUCUCCGAGAGCGCACCUAUUAGAGUGCCGUUUCCCUUCAAAUGGCCGAGCACUUUCUCUCUGAUCAUUGAAGCCUGGCACACGGAGUCUCCAGGACGGGAGUCCACAGAGAAUCAGAACAACCUGAUCAGCCGGCUGGCCACCCGCCAGAAGCUGACCGUUGGAGAGGACUGGUCCAAGGGCGAGCACAUUAACAAUCAGAGUGAGCUCCACUACUCCUACCAUGUUGUGUGCAAUGAGUACUACCACGGGGAGGCCUGCUCCGCCUACUGCCGGCCCCGCAACGACCCCUUUGGCCACUUUAACUGUGACAAGGAAGGGAACCGCAUCUGCCUGGAUGGCUGGAGUGGAGACUACUGCACACAGCCCAUCUGUGCAGGGUGCAGCAAGCAGCACGGUGUCUGCGAGUCUCCCGGGAAGUGUGUGUGCCACCAGGGUUGGCAGGGUGAGAGCUGCGAUGAGUGCGUCCAACACCCCGGCUGCAAACACGGGACCUGCAAGCUGCCCUGGCAGUGCGACUGCAACGAGGGCUGGGGAGGCCUGUUGUGCGACCAAGACCUGAAUUACUGCACCAACCACAAACCGUGCCAGAACGGCGCCUCGUGCACCAACACCGGCGAGGGCAGCUACACGUGCGCCUGCCGGCCCGGCUACACCGGCAAAGACUGCGAGAUCGAAACCAACGAGUGCGACAGCAACCCCUGCAGGAACGGCGGCAGCUGCAAUGAUUUAGAGAACGAUUACUUGUGCACGUGUCCUCAGGGCUUCUAUGGGAAGAACUGCGAGAUCAGCGCCAUGAGGUGUGCAGACGGGCCUUGUUUUAAUGGAGGCACUUGCAUACAGGAAGACACCGGUGGGUACACCUGCCGCUGCCCAUCCAACUUCACGGGCUCCAACUGUGAGAAGAGGAUGGAUAGAUGCAGCAGCAGCCCCUGCACUAACGGUGCUCAGUGUUUGGACUUUGGUAACAGUGUCACGUGUCGCUGUAAGGCAGGCUUCACCGGCUCUCGCUGUGAGACCAACAUUGAUGACUGCUCCAGCAGCCCCUGCCAGAAUGGCGGCACCUGCUUCGACAGAGUCAACAACUACACUUGCACGUGCACCCUCGGUUUCUCCGGCAGGGAUUGCACGGUGCGCACCAGCCUCUGUGACCAGUUCCCAUGCGAAAACGGUGGCACGUGUUUCACCCACUUUACUGGCCCCGUGUGCCAAUGCCCACCAAAUUUCAUGGGUGCACGCUGCGAGUACUUCUUCAAGCCCACUACAAAACCACCCACCAAUGGAGACGCUCCUGCAGCCAUGAUUGCUGCUAUAGCCCUCGGAAUAGUGACAUUUUUCCUGCUGGUGUGCGCUGCCAUUUUCAUUCUGCGUCAUCUCCGCUGGGGCAGGGAGCUAAGAUUGCUUUCAACGUCGGUGAAAAAUGACCUGGAGACGGUGAACAACCGCAACGCAGUGAUCGGCGGAGGAUCACCCAAUAAUGGGAGCUUACCAGGAGCAACUCUGGGCAGCCUAAAGGAGAAGGAGGCCUUUCUCCUCCCAGGAGCUCCUCUUAAAAUGUCCAAUAAGGAUGUAGCACUGGUGGAGAAGGGCAGUGACAACGCGGCCAUGUUUAAAAACAAAAUGGCAGACUACAACCUGGCAAGAGAGGAGCAGCACCUGGGCAAGAACAAGUUUGACCUUAAGAAAUGCGACCCGCCUGUCAUCGUCCCUCCUCUCAGUUUUUCAAAGGACAGUCUGUAUCACUCAGUGUUCAUCAUCCCAGAGCAGCUGGAACAGUGUGUGUUUGCUACUGAGGUAUAACCUGAGAGUUUUCAGACCACCAGCAGAGGAUCUUUUCCGCUGAGGGCCUGAAAGCUUUUUGUCCAGGACAGUACACCCAGAGGAUCUAUUGUACACACAUUUUUUAUUUAAUAUUUAUUACUGCUGCUCAACGGAGAAAAACAAAAAGAAAUGACUUCUUUUUUUUUUUUUUUUCUGCUUGGAUACUGUCAAUGUUCAGAUGACAGUGAGGAGACGAGAGGAAAGACUGAACAUCUGACAUCAUUUGCACUAUUCAUCCUUUAAAUCUUAACAUUGUUUUCCUGUCUCUGCACUCUUUCUUAAUCUUCUUUGGAUACAACGUGAUCAAAAAGAUGUGAAUUGUCCACCAAUCGGAAAGAUAGGUGCCUUAGCUAUGCUCCCUAAUUUCACAAUCAGAGGACCCACUCACAGAAAUGGGAGACAAUUUUUUCUUUUAGGUCAAGCAGCCUGAACCUUUCCACAGAUAAUUCAUCUGGAAGCUGGGCCGGAUAGACUUCUAUCAUCCACUUUUUCUCAUCACAUCGCGGCCUGUUCGGUAAGAACGAUAUCAGCCUCACAAUCACUGUCCAAACCUACAAAAUCUGAAGUGCCUCUUUUUUAAAAACAUCAGAAGGACUUAAAGCCAAUAUUGGGACUGAGACCCUCACUGUCUGAUGUCCUCCCAGAAGACAGGAAGUUUUUUUUUUAUUUUUAUUUUUUUAUGGUAAGUUGUGUUCAAAUCCUGCCUUACAAACCCAGAGCUGCCUUCACACCUGGAUUUUAAUCCUAGUGUAAAUGAGGUUUCAGGUGAAUUGUGGAGAGUUUGUUCCUUUGUUAACAAUCAGCUGUUUCCUGCCCUUCCAUCUCAUGAAUUGUCAGAUAAUCAGCAAAGUCGAACCCGCCAGAGACCAGCUGAGCUGGAUUCAUCUUACUGGUCUGUUUUUCCCCACCUUUUCUCUGCUGUCAUAGCUGUUAGAGUUUUAUUUUUCUUUUACUCAAAAAGCUAAACUUCAAAGCUGCCUUCAUGAAACCACUGCUGACCUGGUGAGUCGAUCAAACAGUGACACGACUGACUGGGUGUUUCUCUUUUAUAUUUAAAGAAAAAAAUGUAUAUCAGUGAAGAGCUCCAAAGAGAGUUUUUAUUCCUUUUAUUUUUUUAAUAAUCCAUUCAAUACCAAAAAUAUGUAUUGUUCCUAUAUAGACGUAUCUUUGUAUUAUCUUCAUUAAUUUAAGAGAACAAUGCAAUGUGUACAUAUCUUCCAGAAGAACGUUUUCCUAUUUAAUUUUACCCUUUGUAAAUAGUUUUGUAUUUAUGAAGAGAAUUGUAUAUAUGUCUAUGUUAAUGUGCCUAAUGUCUCCAU